CGAAGUAGCAGGGUUUCAUCUCUAGGCUCUAGUUUCCCAGUCUGUAAGCGCAGACAUGGAAGCAGACGGAGAGCAAUUAUGUGAGGCGGCGAGGAAUGGCGACUUUGAAAAGGUUAGAGCUUUGAUAGAUUCCGGAGCCGAUGUCUCCUACUUCGACAGCAAUGGCCUCACGCCUCUUAUGCACGCCGCCAAGCUUGGCCAUGCCGAUGUAGUCAAGGCGCUGCUCGAAGCUGGUGCCCCAUGGAACGCACUUUCUCCAUCUAAUCUCUCUGCAGGUGAUUUUGCCAUGGAUUCAGGUCACCAAGAUGCCUUUGAAGUCCUCCUCAACGCUGGAAUUCAGGCUGAGUUGAUUUUGGGAACCAUUGCAAGGAAAACAGAAAAGGAUGGUGAUUCUAAUGAGGAUUACUUGGAAGAUAGGGUUUCUUUUAGCGAGGAUAAACUGAUGGACUCAAAUAGCAAGGCUGUCAUGAUGGCUUGGGAGAAACCCUUGAUGGAAGCUCAUGCAAAAGCUGUUUGCUCUGGAGGUGGUCAUAUACUAAAUAUUGGAUUUGGAAUGGGUCUUGUUGAUACAGCCAUUCAGCAGUAUUCUCCAACCAAGCACACAAUUGUUGAGGCCCAUCCAGAGGUCUAUGAGCGCAUGCUUCGCAAUGGUUGGGGUGAAAGGGAUAAUGUGAAAAUAGUAUUUGGCCGUUGGCAAGAUGUUCUUCCUCAACUUGAAUCUUAUGAUGGUAUUUUCUUUGACACAUAUGGAGAAUAUUAUGAAGAUAUGAGGGAGUUUCACCAGCAUCUUCCCAAGCUACUUAAGCCUGGAGGGAUAUACUCAUUCUUCAAUGGCCUUUGUGGAGGUAAUGCAUUCUUCCAUGUGGUUUAUUGCCAUCUAGUGUCCCUAGAACUCGAGAAUUUGGGCUACUUAGUGCAGUUGAUUCCCCUGCCUGUUAAGGAUUGCUUGGGAGAAGAAGUUUGGCAAGGUGUGAGACACAAGUAUUGGCAGCUUGAUACUUAUUACCUUCCUGUUUGUCAGUCUACACAGGACUCUGAAUGAUUUAUGCAUAUUUGCCAUGUUAGAAUUGCUACUUAGGAUUCUAUAACCAAAUGACUUUGCAAUGUCUUUUGCCCGUUUGCCAUCAAUUUUCUUGUGCAAAGAUUCUACUGGUGGCCUACUGGACAUAGAUCCAAAGGCUCUAGCAGGAUCAGCCUGUUAUGCGAAUCCUGAGUUCAUCACAAGUAGCACAACUGAUCAUGUAAUGACUUACAGCUUUAAAUAGAAGUACUAAUGCCUUAAAGAGAAGCUCCCUGUUUUCAUCCUUUGAUUUGUAUUUCCACUGACAUUCUAGAUGCCAAAUAUUGGUACACAAAUAAAUGCUAUAUUGAAUUUGCCUUUCUCUUGAAAUUCACUAUCAACUGACAUUCUUUUUAGGAGAAUUGGCAUACGUUAAUAGUUAUUGCUUCAUGCUAGCAGUUUCUAAUUCAAUCUGUCUUUUAUUUUGUCAGUUGAUUAUAUGUGGAUGAAAUUUUGCUUGUAAGUCUUUUCUUUCCAUCUGACAGAUAUCUAUGAUGGCUACCAUCCACUAAUCAGUUCAUAAUAAUAUUUCUAUGCUCUU